AUGGCUACAGAGAGGGCAGAUCUUCUCUUCUUUGAUACUUUCUCUCAUGAUGCCAGUGAGGAAUUGAAUUUGGAUUUGGUUCAGUUUCCUAAAUCAGUUUUUGUAACUGAAAUCCGCAUAAUACCUCUUGGUGCCCGCGUGGAAGGAGACUUUCCCGGUGGUGUUAGACUUGGAGCCACUAACCCAACCAAAUUUCACAUUGACUUCUUUGUUAAUGAUCUGGGCAAGCCAGGUGCGUGUACAUUUGAAGCUUUGGGAAGUUUGGACUAUUGUCAGAAUGGACAAAUUCACAUGGAGUGUAGCACAGAAGUAGAAGAAGCAAGAAUACCAACAGAUGGCCUAGUUUUAAGAGGCUGCUAUACAACUAUCACACUGGCAGUAUAUGGUCAUUUAACUCAGGUAUUGCCUGAAACACCAUCUGCUGUGAAUCCUCCUCCAAACAUACAAAGACCUGUCAGUAGAGAAGUUGCGGCUUUACCUGCAAAUGUGCCCCAAUCAUCAGACUGGAGUCAAGCACCAACUAACCCCAUUCCAUCAUAUACUAGCAAUGUUGCUGCCGCUAACCCUGAAAACUAUGAUGCCAGUACAUACCCAGAAAACUACGAAAACCCCAUGUACAGAACUGAUUAUUAUGAUAAUAAUGAGCAACCAAAAGACCCUAGAACUUAUCAUCAUUUGGAGGAUAACGAGUGGGAAAAAGAUAGGCACGAUUUGAGCUGCGAAAGGGAGCCAGAUAGGAUCAGACAUAGCCCCAGAUCUUUGGAACUUGACCGUGAAAGGCGCGACGUACGAAGCAGGCGACGCUCUCUGGACAGGGGGCGAAGUAGAGAGACUUCAAGACACCGAGAUCACAGUCAUGACAUAGAGAGAAUGGAUCGUUCUAGAUCGAGAAGCCGCGAUAGAGAGUACGUUGGAAAGGGAGAGUACCGCAUGAGCCGUUCACGGUCCAGGAGUUUAGAACGAGACUGGGAACGCGGCACUUACAAGAAAGAUGAUUACCGACGCCGUGGCCCUUCAUAUGAAAGAUCGCGUGGCGGUUCAUUCGAACGGUCUCCAUACGAUAAAAGAGCACCUUCUUAUGAACGAAAAGUACCAUACGACAAAGGGACUUAUGAGAAACGAAUUUCUCCAUAUGAUAAAAGAAGCUCAUCUUACGAACGCCGCGGCACUUCUCCUUAUGGAAAGAGACAUUCUCCGUACCGCGUGCGAGGCUCCAGCUACGGUAGCAGGUCUCCGAGCAGGGAUGAUUCCAGGAAAAGACCCAGAACCCCUCCCGGUGGAAGACCUUUGUCUCCUCGAGAAGGUGAAGGCAGUCCUAUUAAUUCGUUGCGAUCGGAAGAAGGAGACUACGAUAGAAGUGGAAAACAAAUACCGCGCGUGGAUUUCUACCACCAAAGCUACAGACACAAAACUUCAAUUCGCAGUCCAUCUCAAGAAGUGGACAACACCUAUGUGGAACAGCAACAUUCAAGUCUCGUUACAGUUCCCAUAGUAGACAAUGCAGUGAAGGCUAUCGAGUCGCCCGUGCGCAAUGUUGAGGAUAAAUCUAUGGACGCCGAACAAUUCGAACCGAUACUUUCCGAUGAAGAUAUUUGCGAUGACUUGGAGGGUUCGUCUUACAUGGACGUAGAAUACGACGUUAAUGAAUAUGAUGGAGUCGAUGACGUCAUCAAAUAUUACAAUCCCUUCAAGGACGAAUGGAAGAAAUACCAAGCUGUUAACAAGAUAUAUAUGCUCCCUGACGAAGGAGCAGUAGGAGGCACCAAAAACGUGCUGACUGCCACUUUUGAUGAACUCUGUGACGUUUGUGCUGAUCUAUUCAAAUUGUCUGAAAUUACAAAAUCCACCCAAAAAAGAGAUCAAAAGUUCUUUUCGAGUACUUUUCCCGAUAUUGAUAAUGCAUGUAAAGAGGAAUGGGUUCAUUUGUGUGAACAAUUAUUCGUUUCCCUCACAAAUCUUUGCAAAGAUACCGAUGUAAUAUUACGAAUCUUUCGUGCCUACAGUAGAUCAGAGAAAACUGACGAGUUUUCUAAUAUAUAUAAUAUGUUGGUUACAUUUUGCAAGAUUGGAUUAAAUUUUGAACUGGCUCUGUCUCAUCAGCAGCCCACAUAUAAAAUUCGGCACAUGAAAUGUGGAAUACGCCUUGCCGAAGCCCUAAUGUCGCAUAGACACAACGGACAGGUCAUGAAAUUGCUGCUGACUACUGGUAUCGACAUUCCAAUGUUGCUAUUAGAAAUAUAUUCUAAAGAAUAUAUGGCUCUGAGCAUUCGUUUGAUGAUAUUAAAAGCUUUAAACGCUUGUUUGUCAUCUAAAGCUUCCGUGGACCACUUUAUGCAGGAAGCAGUUUUUCCAAAGUUUAAUAAAAAUGAGAGUGAUAUCAAUAGAAAACCCACGAAUGGUUAUCGAGCUCUCAUUGCCAUGAUGGAAAACAAUCCCCUUGCCAGGGUAAAAUUCUCUAUAAGUGCUUUGAUCAAAAAGCUCAAUGUGUAUGAGGUACUAGGCAAACUAAACGAUUUAGUCUUGAAACUCAACUCAAAAAAAGAAGGAACUCAAAGCGAGCUCGAUCUACUCGAAGCCGAUACUGAAUUCAUUGGUCAUUCGCUCGAAGAGAUAUUGUUUACGUAUCGGACGGAGUGCUUCCAUCUGUCGCAACCCAAGAGAUUUCUGCCGGCGUCGGCUCACUUCGAAAUAAAUAAAGAAUGUUCCAAUCGAACCCUUUUAGAAUUCUUUAGUGCUCAUCGUUUCUUGGAGACUUGUUUGUUCCUCUUGACUUGUCCGUCCACUUGUAACAAUUUAGUUAUAACUUGCCGUAUUCACGACUUAAUUUACGAGAUGAUCAAUUCGCACGAGGGGUUGAUGUAUUUGUAUAGGAACAUGGCUUCGAGUGAGAUAUUUUUCAAAAUGCUGACUCAUCCAUACAGUCAACAGGGCAACGAAGAGACUUCGUAUCCACAAGACGCUAACCUGAGCAAUUACAGCGAAUUACAAGUAAUUGGCUUAGAACUUGCGUACCGAUUGAAAGCUCUCUAUUACCUCGAGGCGAUAUCCGAUAUUCAAGCUGGAAAAGGAGACGAAAACGAAUUAAUAGAUCGCCUCCAGUAUUUGUAUUGCCUUAGUUUCGGUAGUGUCGGAAAGACCGCCGUUCCAGAUGUGAUUGUCAUGGCGGAUAACGCCGACUGUCUCAUGUCUGUGUUUGAAUAUAAUUUGAAAAGUAAAAGCAAGAGUGAGUCUCCGUCGAAACAGAAAUCUCCCGCGAAAGGUUACGCCAUCGAGCUCAUCGUAUCGGCCAUCCGCUACUCGGCGAACGUACAGUUCUUGAAAAAAUACGGACAACGACUCAUAAACGUGUGCAAAGAUCACGAUAGAUUCGAACCGAGCGUGUCCAGCGUCCUGCAAGAGGCUAUACCUUACUUGAAACCCAUUGAAAAGCCGGCCGUCUUGGCCGGGGAAGACUUGGCGGAGUGUGUGGACAUAUUGAAGAAUAGUCUCGAACAUUCGCCGGACCUACCCGGAGAGCUGAUGACUUGCCUAAGAAUAUUGAGGCAUUUCUGUGUCUCUGAUUAUGACACGAAAGCGAACAUUGUGUGCGAGUCCCCCACAGAUGAAUAUGUCGAAUUAAAAUAUAAGUACAACGUUCUGCAAUUGUUUUCUCUGGACGGUGUAGCAUAUCUGGCAGGCAUUCUAGAUAAGCUGGCGACGCAUUUCGAACAGCCGAGCAUGCACACUUCGUUCUUCGCUUCAGUGAAAGGCUUACAACUAGCCCAAAUCCUUGUACCGUGCUUGCGCUUAUUGGACGAGAUGUUGGCGCGAGUUGUGCGAUGCAGAGGGCCGAGAUUUAGGGAUAUCACUGCCGCGCCGAUAUUGCUCAAAACCUAUGGACUUGCGAAAUCGUAUCCCCUCGGAUGCAUCGGCCAUCGCACCGCGACGAAAGCUGCCGAGGCGUCUGUUCGAGCGCUGCUCGCGUACGCGCAACCGAUAGCGGACGACGCUAAAGACGGGGACUCCAUCCGGCGCGGACCGUGGACGUCCCUGUGUUCAGAAGUAAUAUCCUACACGAUGACAGCGCCGUACACGUUUGUUCCCGGUUUGCUCAUCUUUUCGGAGCUGUUGCCUCUCCCUUUACCGAUACAAACCAAGGUGCCGCCUUCGGAUAGGGAACUAGCAGACGCAUCCAAUGAAAGGCGUUUGUGGUCCGCCCAUUUGCACGCAUUGACUAAUGAUUUGACCGAUAUGAUUCAAAUUAUUUGUAUGUCGACAUAUCGACCAGUCGUGCACAUGUUGCGCCGAGUGUGCAUACAAAUAGCGGACCUAGCGCCAAACACUGCCGCCACAGUCGCGAAGGCGGCCGUCGGGGCUGUCAUACGAGAGAUCAAAGAGGGCGAUCCCGCCUCGGCCAAUAUGGUUCGAGUCCUAGGAUUUCUAGCGUGUCUCGUAUCGCACGCUCCGGUUAAAUGCGCGGUUAUUUACGGAAUGAGCAACGGUCCGAAAGCUAACGAACUUCAGACCGCUCUUUGCGGGUUGUUAAGUUCAUCUCACGCGUCGAACGACCACGCGGCGGCUCAAGAGUACGCCGCUCACACGCUCGCUGCCCUCUGUGAUGCCGAAGUGACAUUGACGCCUUUGACUGCAGCGAGCGACACCGUAUUAGCCAACUCGUUACCUAACAAAGAGGCGUUGAAUGCGUUCUUGGACGCUACGGCCGAAUGUCUCGGCUCGGUCACCAAGAGCGCUUCCGUGGCGUCCUCGAUUCUGCGUUCUUACUAUGUGCUCACCGAACACGAUUAUGGGUUUCAACAUUUUAGAAAGUAUGUGGCAAAACAACGUGAGCGCUCGAGCAAGUUCUUCAAGUGGGUCGUGGAGGGCGUCAGCGAGGAUAAGGCGGAAUGUCUGAAUCUGUACAUGGAUUUGAUAAAGGUGUUGAGGAGUGAAGAAGGAGUGGGUCCUCUCGGUCGGAAGGGAGUUCUGACCCCGACCGAGGUCGCCGACAUGGUCGGUUAUACGGCGGGGGCGGAGGAUCACCCGAUCACAUCACUUGAGAAAAUACUAAAAGAAAGAAAUGCGGACGAAGAAGCCAUAUCCAACGCGAACUUUCUGUACGCAACGUUGCUAAAGCUCCCCGAAGCGGAGGUCGCCAUCGCGUCGAGCGAUCCUCCGGAAGCUUCGGCGUCCCCGGAGCCCCUGGUGAUCCAGUUUGGGUCCCGGCAGGUGUACACCCUGGACUGCGGCGACGAGCGGCUCACCAGCGGCUAUUGGCUCAACGUCCCGGUCGCCGGGGACGACGACGUCAACGACACGGAACUGGUGCCUUGUGACGUGUUGGAGAUGGCGAACAGCUACUUGUCGACGGGCGGCGGCGAGGCGUUGGCGGCCGCCGUGCGUCGUCUGGCCGGAUGCCUCGACGCUAGACCCGACCCUCUGCAGCUUCCUGCCGACGACAAGAGACCGGCGGUGGCUCUGAGCCGCGUGCGAGGCGAAGGCGGCGCCGACGCCUUCCGCUCUCGUCCGCCCAACACCUCCCGCCCGCCCUCGCUCCACGUCGACGACUUCACCGCCCUGCAUCAGCCGUAUGCGCCCAACACCAGGGGCGUCCGUCGCGGCGCAGCUCCGGACCGAGGCAGAUUCGCCAGCUCGGCUCCGCACCAGCACUAUCGCCAGCUACGCGGUCGCGGCGCUUGGGAAAUGGGCGCUCAGCACUUCGGCCACUUCCCGCCUGCGCAGUAUAUGAUGGGUGGCAUGGGCUGGGGAGGCGGAAGGAUGCAGCGAGGACCCCGACACCGUUCUUUUAUGCGUUAA